CCAUUUUUGAUUUGAGGAAAAAUCAGCAAGGAUUGUUGACGAUUUUUAUUUGAUCGUUCUACACAUUAUUUCGUUGUAUUCUUUUCAAUUAUUGAUAUUUAGCGACUGCUAAUCGAGCAAUUGCUGGUUAAUUCCGUGAAGAAGAAAAGAAAGCAAUCCCAAGAUUUCCAUAAUGGGUGACUCCCAGGAUCAGAACGAACCCCCGAAGGACCCAAAAGAGUUGGAAAAACUAGAAGAAGCCAAGCUGAAGGCAAAGUUCCCAAAUGCCAUGUUGGGGCGUGGACCCGGGGGCCACUCGGCAUUCUUGCAGAAAAGACUUGCUAAAGGACAAAAGUUCUUUGACUCCGGCGACUACCAGAUGGCAAAGCAGCGCCCAGGGAAUCUAACAGCGCCUUUCAAGGCCCCAGCCGCGCCCGCCAAGCAGCCAACGGGCGACGCCAUCCCUACACCGGAGACCGUGCCCGUCCGCAAGACCUCCAUCAUCCAGCCCAAGUUCCAGCAGAACAGCCAGACCUCCUAGCCCGCCGUUAAGUGACAGGAUUUUGUCUGUUAGCCUGGCCAGACUUUCGGGGAUGUUUUGAGCACUUUCUUGUUUACUGACAUUCGAUCUUCGUUCUAGUUCUCUGAUUUAACAGGCUUGGAAGUAUCACAAAAAAUUAGUUUUGAAGUCUUUCUUACAGCAAUU